GUCCUUAAAGAGUGACUGGUCAGAAGAAUGUUUAAAUAAUUUUAAAGGAAAACAGUUUUCUGCUACAGAAAGAAAGAUGAUGAAAGAACCUGUAGAAGAACCACUAAUCAAAGCAGCUUCAUCAGCAGAGGAGGAGCUUGUCAGGGUGCGAACAGCCUUUGUUUGGAGGGUGUCAACAGAAAUCCUUAAACAGCUCCUUGAGGCCCUGGUAACUGAUGGUGUCUUAAAUGAAUUAGAGAAAGAUUCGAUACUGGAAGGGAACCCUGUCAGAGCAGAUAAGGCCCGCUGCUUCAUCGAUACAGUAAGGAAGAAAGGGGACAAAGCCUCCAGGAUAAUGAUCCGACAUCUUCAGAUCAAAGAUCAAUCUCUUUUCUCUCAACUGCAUUUAUACUCUGAUCCAUCUGCUCAGCAAGAGGCUCUUCAAAAUUGUCAGCCUAGACUUAAAUUUGCUCUAAGGAAGAAGUUCCAGUGUGUGUUUGAGGGCAUCGCUAAAGCAGGAAACCCAACCCUUCUGAAUCAGAUCUACACAGAGCUCUACAUCACAGAGGGAGCUGUUGGCUCGGUGUCUCGGUUCAGGAGAUAUCUGAUCGUGCUCUCGUCUUUGUCGGUGACGCCUUGGUUCUGCUCGCGCCCUCUCGGGUUUCUGUCCUCAGCUUUUCUAGUUUCUGGAUUCUGUGUGUGGAGUGUCGUCCUCUUCCUGUAG